AAGCCACCUCAACCCAUCAUUCCAACAUGUGGCUGGCCAACCGGACCCUAGGUGAUGACUUUUUCCUGUUGGGAAUCUUUAGCCAGAUCUCACACCCUGGCCUCCUCUGCUUGCUUAUCUUCAGUAUAUUUUUGAUGGCGGUGUCUUGGAAUAUCAUAUUGGUACUUCUGAUCCACAUUGACUCCUCUUUGCAUACUCCCAUGUACUUCUUUAUAAACCAGCUCUCACUCAUAGACUUGACAUAUAUUUCUGUCACUGUCCCCAAAAUGCUGGUGAACCAGCUGGCCAAAGAGAAGACCAUCUCAGUCCUUGGGUGUGCGACCCAGAUGUACUUCUACCUGCAGCUGGGAGGAGCAGAGUACUGCCUUCUAGCCGCCAUGGCCUAUGACCGCUAUGUGGCUAUCUGCCAACCUCUCCGUUACUCUGUGCUCAUGAACCAUAGGAUAUGUCUCUUCCUGGCCUCAGGUUGCUGGGUCGUGGGCUCAGUGGAUGGCUUCAUGCUCACUCCCAUCACCAUGACCUUCCCCUUCUGCAGAUCCCAUGAGAUUCAGCACUACUUCUGUGAGGUCCCUGCUGUUUUGAAGCUCUCUUGCUCAGACACCUCACUUUAUAAGAUUUUCAUGUACUUGUGCUGUGUCAUCAUGCUCCUGAUCCCUGUGACAGUCAUUUCAGUGUCUUACUACUUUAUCAUCCUCACCAUCCAUAAGAUGAACUCAGCUGAGGGUAGGAAAAAGGCCUUCACCACCUGCUCCUCCCACAUUACAGUGGUCACCCUCUUCUAUGGAGCUGCUAUUUACAGCUACAUGCUCCCCAGCUCCUACCACACCCCUGAGAAAGAUAUGAUGGUGUCCUUUUUCUACACUAUCCUUACACCUGUCUUGAAUCCUAUCAUUUACAGUUUCAGGAAUAAGGAUGUCACAGGGGCUUUCAAAAGAGUGCUGAGAUUGCAGAAAGCUUCAUAUUAAAGUGUGACAGAACUUAAGUUGGUCCUCUCUUCCUUAGUGUCUCUCUCCUCAUGUUAGGCGUUCUUCUAACAAACAAUCGGCAUACUAUGGUGAUGUCUGACUCCCUUAGUUGCUAUUCAGUGGGUUUCAGCCCAAUGUUCUUCUCUCCUAUUGAGAUGAUGUUCCCUCAUAGCAUUGAUCUCUAGUCCAGUACCUUGGGCCAAAAGUCCUAAAAAAGGAUUACAGUUGAGAACUCUGAAAAUAAAUCUGUGUUUAUGAUGCUUGAGCACCUUAGACCACAUAGAAAAUUUGUUUUGAUAUCAGCAUGGGCUCAGUGAUGAGUAUGAAAUAACAACAUAUUCAGAUUGUUCCUCAGCAUCCACUCUGUUCUAAACAGUUUUCAUUCACCACUUCAUCCUACCCUCACCCUCUGUGGGUGAAGUUAAAAUCAUCCACAUUUCACAGGUGACAAAACAGCUUUUAAGGCUUUCCCUGACCUUCCCCAAGCAGGGAAUCCUCAGGGGCAGGUGGUUCAUUUCUCCAUAGGCAUUUGGGGCUAAACACUUUCAAAACCUCAGAGAUUCUAAAUGUACAGUUGAGAUUUUUCUUUCAACAGAAUUUCUAGAAUAUGUUCUCAAUCAAGUUCUUAUUUUCUGCGAUCAUAUAAGUCAAACCUCCCAAAAUUAGAUCAGAGACAUGGGUUAUCCGGAACGUUUGUCUGGAGUAGAAUUGGUUUAUUCAUAGUCUUUCUUAACCAGAGAAGUACGGAAGUUUCUCACACUUCUCCCUGUUCAAGCCAAUGGUGACACAUGCUACGAAUACAAUUUCAAAUAACAGUUUAAUGUACACGCA